AUGCCUUCUGUUGCAAGAAUUCAUAAGCGCCAUGCUUAUGGCAAAGAUGCGCAUACCUACUACCCCGUUCUUAUCGUCGGUGCCGGAGAGUCCGGCGUCGCGAUGGGCUGUCGAUUGAAGCAGGUCCUGGGAACAGACCAGUUUCGAAUCUUUGAGCGACAAUCCGGUAUUGGAGGUACUUGGUGGAUCAACCGGUAUCCCGGUGCUGCUUGUGACAUUCCGGCAGUAUUCUACUCUUUUUCCUUUACGCCCAAGAAGAACUGGUCGACCUUGCACCCUUCUGGUCCGGAAAUCGCUCAAUAUCUAGCCGACGUCUGUGAAGAGUAUCAGAUCGUCGAUAAGAUUCAGUUCCACACCGACGUCAAGCAUCUUCGGUGGAUUGAGCAAGAUGAGGAGUGGGAGGUAACUCUUUCGCAUCUUGUUCCUGGAACCGGAGAUCUAUCGGCCUACGAACGGGAGCAACUUGCUAUUGAAGAUGGCCCACAUGCAGUCUUCGUCAAGGAAGAGAUUGUCCGCGCUAAGGUCGUCGUCAGCGGAGUAGGCGGUUUGGUCGAGCCUAAGACAUGGCCAAAAGAUAUUCCCGGAAUCGAAGGCUUUGAAGGAGAAAUCAUGCACACAGCACGAUGGGAUGACGAGAUCGACCUGCAAAAUAAGGACGUGGUUGUUCUCGGCUCUGGAUGCAGUGCCGCACAAGUGGUUCCUGAGCUGGCAAAGCCCGAAGCCAAUGUUCGCUCUAUCACACAACUGAUGCGAACACCUCCAUGGGUACAACCCGAUCUCCUCCCACCCAAUUUACUGGAGAAGUGGGACAGAUGGAUGCCAACUCUGUGCACCAAUAUCCCAGGCCUGUCACGACUUCUGCGCAACAAUGUGUUCCUCAUGCUUGAACACAACUUCUUUGCCAUGUUUACGGACAAUGCCUACGGCCGCUGGAAGAGACCGCAGAUUGAAGAGGCAUUCCUUGCUCAUAUGCGCAAAAUGGCACCGGAAAAAUACCACAAGAUUCUCACCCCAGAUUACAGCUUAGGCUGUAAGCGUCGUAUCAUCGACGGCACCUGGUACCGUAGCUUGAAUUCAUCCAAGGUCGAGCUGACGACCCAACCAUUGACCCGUGUUCACGCAAAGAGUGUGACUAUUGGACCGGGCAACUUCUACCCACGUAAUCAGAGCAAUGAUACUGAGGACGUUCGGGAAAUCCCCGCCGAUGUUCUCAUCCUGGGCAAUGGCUUCGAGACAAACAAAUGGCUCCAUCCGCUCAAAAUGACCGGCAAGGGAGGUAAAGAUCUUCAGGACCUCUGGGAUGAGCGAGGAGGUGCUCAGGCGUAUUUGGGAAUUGCGAUGGACCAGUUCCCUAACUUUUUUAUGUUGUUCGGUCCGAACACGGCGACGGGACAUACUAGUGUCAUCUUUGCGACUGAAAAUGCCGUUAACUACUCGCUCAAGUUCAUCAAGCCCAUUCUCGAGGGCAAGGUGAGCUCCUAUGAGGUUAAGGAGGAUGCUGAACGUGCGUGGACAAAGCGGUUGCAGGAUCAACUGCAGAAGACUGUCUUCCGUCGAGGCUUGUGUGCCAGCUGGUAUAUUACCGAAGACGGAUGGAAUUCUUCGACUUACCCGGGCAUUCGAAUUUCUGUUCUCUUCAGUAUCUUUGCUGCUGUUGCGUGGCUGCGCAAGAAUCCGCGUCAGGGCACCCAGCUGCUGCAGAGUCUACGGAUGGGCAAGGCACUGCUCCUCCGAUCUGGGGAAACGGGCGACCCCGACCCCCGCGAACAUGGAAGGUCUCCGCACUCCCUCGCCGUCCAUUCUCCUCAAAAUUUCUUCUGGUAUCUUGUCUUAUCAAGUGAAAUGGCUUCCGAGUCGCCUCAGCUUGAAGGCACUCCGCCAACAACAGGCCCUGGCGAUCAGGCCACUACUCCUGGCACCGAUUCCGCCAAGAGGAAGGCGGAACAGAGCAACGGAACGAACACGCGCGCAAAGCGGAAUCGUUACAUCUCCAUCGCAUGUAACGAAUGCAAGCGUCGCAAAAUCAAGUGCAAUGGGCAAGUUCCUUGCCAGCGAUGUGGGCAUCUCAAUCUGGAAUGCCGAUAUGCGCCGAAUUGCUGCACCAAUAACUUCAAGGAUUCCGAUGAGUUCCGCUCGAUGACCUCUGAGAUCACGACGCUACAAGAGCAAGUCAAUACUUUGUUCACCAAUCUCAAUGAGCUCCGCACUCAGCGGCCCGCCUUUGAGUCUCCAUCGUUUGAUCAUCUCUCGCGUGAUGGCUCUCAGUCGGUGUUCACCCCGAUGCCCGCAGCCAUGCCGAAGACCCGAUCCCGUCACCCACGCUUCCAUGGCCCCACCAGUUCGGCAUUCAACUUCGAUGUUGCCAAGUCUAGUCUGCAGAGUAUGGGUAUCACCCAUGGAGAGGACGGGAUACCCGAUGACUUGACGACGGCGCAAGUCACGCCGACGGGGUCUCCAGCUCCUAACAUGGGCGCGCUCGUGCCGGUGAUCCAUCCUACCAAGGACCCGAUCUGGGCUAUUCGUCGAGAGGAGGCUGUGCGUCUAUGCAAAGUGUACGAAGAAGAGAUCGGGAUUAUGUAUCCCGUGGUGGAUAUUACCACUGUGACUAAUCAGGCUAAUUUGUUAUACACUUUCAUGGAAGCUGCCACGCGGACUGGAUUUGCUCAGAGGGGACUCCCAGGCGCUGAUAGUCUUCAGGAUGAUAGUACUAUCUUGUUGAAAUUGAUCCUGGCCACCACACUGGUCGUGGAGGCGGGUGGGCAAAGUGAACUCGGCCAGCGACUGUUCCUGAGUAUCAAGCCGGUGAUUGAAUCGAAGUUAUGGGAGCCGCAUGAUAUCAAAAAUAUCCAACUCUUUACUAUUACGGCUACCUACCAUUUUCACACUGAUGACGAUGCUAUGGCCUAUCGGUUAAUCGGACUGGCUGCACGCAUGUGUCUCGAGAUGGGUCUACAUCGUAAGGAUGCUUUGGUCAAGUCUUUUCCUCUUGAAAACCAGUGGACUGAGGUCACUCGGAUCUUCUGGACUGUAUAUAGUUUGGACAGGAGAUGGAGUCUAGGCACGGGCUUGCCCUUUGUAAUUCAGGACGAAGAUAUCGAUCCAAAUCUACCCGAACCGGACUCAUCUUUGCUUUAUCUACGUUGUAUGAUUUCUUAUAAUCGAAUCAGUUCCAAGAUCUGGUACUCUGGCCUUGGCUCAGAAGGCGCCACCGAUAUCCGACGCGAUGAGAUUGGAUAUUUGGACUACCAAGUUCUACAAUGGUACAAACAGGUACCGGACGAACUCAAAUUCUAUCCGGUGGAAUCGCCCAAGAACGGCGAUCCCGCAAGCCGAGGAAUGAGGCGUCUCCGCAUUCUGCUCUACCUCCGUAUGAACCAGCUACGCAUCCUCAUCUACCGCCCCGUCCUCCACUCAGCCGCAAGUAUCAUCGAGGACCGCGGUCAUGCACAGACUGUGGUGGAUGUGGCCAAGGACACAGUUCGGGUCCUCACCCGCCUCAACCAGAUGUCCGAUAUAUACCGCACUCAGCAGAUCACAUUCAACUACUUCCUCGUCGCUGCUCUAGCGGUCCUCUUCUUGGCCGUGUCUCAUGCCCCGGCAGACUUCAAUCGACAAGUGCGUGACGAGUUCUACAUGGCCCUCGAUCUGAUCAAUGGCUUCAGCACUAAGUCAUAUGUAUCCAAGCGAUUGUGGAAGACCAUCAAGGGGCUCCGCAAGAUCGGCGAAAAACUGGGCGUUUUUGCCCGCACAUUUGGAAAUGAUUCGAAUGACCCCCACUCAAGUGCGGCGGUUGCCAUGGCGGGUCUUGCAGGGCACUCGAUCGACGACUUGUCUGCUUACGGCCCGAUGAAUGGGGUGAAUGAACUUGGCAAUAGCCCCUUGAAUGGACUACAGAUGAGCCACGAGCUUACGAACUUGUUUGAGGCGGUCGGGUCAUUUGGUAGCUUUAUGCCUCCGACUAGUGGUGCUGAUAGUAUGAGUGGGUUUGUUGGUGACGAUGGUGAGAUCCAGAAUACUGGGGAGGGACUCUCUGGCAUAUUGGGCGGCGAAGAGGAAUUUUCACGCAUUAUCCGUGGCCUAUUUUGA